GCUUCUCUUUGUCACAGAACCGACUUCCGUUUUUAUGUUUGGUCUGGGUUUCUGGAAUUUGCCAGAUUGUGAGGCUGAGAAAUUUGUCACUUAAAUAAACAGGAGCAAUAAAUAGUAGCAUUUAUUAUCUCAGCGGCGGAGCUAGCAAAGGGUCAUCCCUUUCAGCCUGACUAGAGUUUGAAUCCCUCAGCCUAUUUCAUCCUUGAAGAACAUAGCUGUUUUAUCUGGCUAGCUGGCUAGCAUCAGCCAGCUGAGUUAAAUCACCUAGCAUGUUUCGGUUCUUGAAUGACGUCGAUGACGACCCCUUCCUGAUGGAUCCAUUUGCAGCUCACAGGCAGCAGAUGAGGGCUAUGUUUGGAUCAUUUGGCAUGGAUCCCUUUGCCCUAACCCCCCAGAUGCAGCCACACCGUGCACCACGCAGACAGGCUGGUCCACUGGCCCCCUUUGGCAUGAUGGGAAUGGGUGGAGGAUUCAUGGAUAUGUUUGGAAUGAUGGGAGAACUAAUGGGAAACAUGGAAAGAAUGUCCAGUUCACCAAACUGUCAGACAUUUUCCUCUUCAACAGUGAUCUCAUACUCCUCUUCAGACUCUGGGACUCCAGUUUAUCAGGAGACCAGUGAAAUGAGAACAGGCCCUGGAGGGAUCCGUGAGACACGGCAGUCCAUUAGGGACCGUGAGAGCGGCCUUGAGCGCCUCUCCAUUGGCCACCACAUCGGGGAGCGUGCACACAUAAUGGAGCGUUCAAGAAAUCGCCGUACUGGAGAUCGUGAGGAACGACAAGAUUUCAUCAACCUUGAUGAGAGUGACGCUGCAGCAUUUGAUGAGGAGUGGAGGAGGGAGGCAGGAAGAUAUGUUUCCCCGAAUGCCCGGUCACUAGACUACGGCCGAGAUCGACGGGCGGGAGGCCAGCAGCUGGCCUUAACUGCUCCUCCCAGCUCAACGCCCCCACCAGGCCAUCGGCACGAGUCCCCCAGACACCGUCAGCCCCACACCCGUCCACGUUACGACUGGUGAGAGGUUUCACACAUGAACAGCCAGAUAAAAGGAGCUGAGGCAAGAUUUCCUCUAUGCUGUGAACAACGCUGAAGACGGAAGUUGAUUAUCACGACUGCUCGUCAUAAAUGUUUGAUAUGACUGGACUGUGUCUCCAUAAACAACACACACACACACACACACACAUACACACAACAAAAGCCCACACACUGUAGUUACAUUUACAGCUAUACCCUUACACAACAGGAACACACAAUGGCACCCUCGUGCAAACACAUAAACACAUAACUGCUCUCACUUAGAUAAACCUGACAUGUGUUUUUGCCCACUGCACUAAAGUGCUACAGUAUGCAGUACAUCUGCUGUACAGUCCAUUUUAUGUUUGUGAAGACACUAGUGUGUCAGUGAGUUGAAUUGUAUACUGUUAACUAAUUAAUCUAACUAAAUAAAAGUUCAUUAAACAUUGUUAGAUAAUUAUAAAAA